AUGGGAGAGGGUACUGAUGAGCAGAGUGUCACCAGCGUCACUUUUCAGUGGGCGCGUGCUGGAAACACGUAUACUCUGCAGGGUAACCAGGUGCUGCACAAAGGGGGAGGUGUUGCUCCCUAUAGACCGGUGAUCGGUGACUUGGCAAUAUCGCCAGGUAGAGGAAAACUCUUUUAUGAGAUACGAACAAACACCGACGGCUGUAAGAUAGGUCUGUGCACAGAAGAGGCGUUCCAUACUGAAGUAGAACUACAGGAUGUAGAACUAGGAAAAAAAUAUAUUCCCUCAGAGCCAUCUGACAAACUGCCACCCAAUCCCAAUUGUUGGGUGUUUAAUUGCCAGACCUCUACUGUAGAAGUGAAUGGGGAGGAAAAAAAGAAACUAUGGCGUUUGUUUGUCCCUGUCUCAGGGGCACGGUUUGGAUUUCUUGUCAAUACCGAUGAAGGAAUUGUACAACUGUACGUCAAUGACGAAUACCAGGGUAUUCUAUUCGACAGUUCUCUGGGUCUGAAAGGUAAAACCCUCUUUCCAUGCAUUGGACUAGCAGGAAUGGAUAUGAACAAUAGAAACAUUGGGUUCGGCAACAAGAGCGCCACUGUGAGCCCUGUGAAACGAUUUCCUGCCAGUGGAGGUGUGAAUACUGCUUGA